AUACAACGCACUGGCACUGCCCAACUGCACCACACAUGCUCGGUUUGACAUUCGUUUAACAUUGCUUGAAUUAAACUGUGUGUAUACACAUGCGUCUGAUGGUCAAGCUCGAGGAGGAUAGUGUUUUUGUGAUUUUACUCCGCGCGUAAAACGCAUGCGGUAAUUUAAAGGGACAAAAUUAUGAGAAGCUCAAAUCUGGGCUAUUUUUACAUUUGACACGGGAAAACUUUGGCUUCUUCGUUCGGACUAACACAAGGUUUGUAUAUUAUAAUAUAAGCCAUCAAGAUGAGGACCAGAAGCAAUUCUGGUGUCCGACUGGACUAUUACCAGAGAGUAGUCCAUAAGAUCAUCAUGGACCAUCAGAACCCUGUGACUGGACUCUUUCCUGCCAGUCCUGACAAUAAUCAUGCAUGGAUUCGAGACAAUGUUUACACGAUUCUAGCAGUCUGGGGCCUGUCAAUGGCUUACAAAAAGACCGCCGAUGCUGACGAAGAUAGAGCCAAGACAUACGAGUUGGAGCAGAGCUGUGUCAAGCUUAUGAGAGGGCUUCUCAUGGCUAUGAUGCAGCAGAAGGACAAGGUAGAGAGAUUCAAAUCAACUCAGAAUCCUCUGGAUGCAUUGCAUGCAAAAUACAGUUCUGCUACUGGGCAGACUGUUGUUGGAGAUAACGAGUGGGGUCACUUACAAAUUGACUCUAUUUCACUGUAUCUUUUAAUCUUAGCACAAAUGACUGCUUCUGGUUUGCAAGUCGUGUUCAAUUUGGAUGAGGUAGCAUUCAUUCAAAAUUUAGUAUUUUACAUUGAGUCUGCUUAUUGCACACCCGAUUAUGGAAUAUGGGAGAGAGGAGAUAAGACAAAUCAUGGUUUACCUGAAUUGAAUGCCAGCAGUAUUGGCAUGGCAAAAGCUGCUAUGGAGGCUAUGAAUGAGCUGGACUUGUUUGGAGCAAGAGGUGGACCUACAUCGGUCAUCCAUGUUCUAGCUGAUGAAGCACAAAAGUGUCAAGCUGUAUUGCAGUCAAUGCUUCCCAGAGAAUCCAAUUCCAAGGAGCUGGACAGUGGACUUUUAUCCAUUAUUAGUUUUCCAGCUUUUGCAGUAGAUGAACCCAAUCUUAUUCAACUUACAAGGGAUGCCAUCACUAAGAAAUUGCAGGGGAGAUAUGGCUGCAAAAGAUUCUUGAGGGAUGGUUACAGAACCCCAAAAGAAGAUCCAAACAGAUUAUAUUAUGAACCAUGGGAACUGAGAAUGUUUGAGAAUAUUGAAUGUGAAUGGCCCCUGUUCUUUUGUUACUUAAUCCUUGACUACUGCUUCCAAGGUAAUCAAGAAGGAGUAAAACGUUAUUCAAAACUAUUAGAGGCAAUCACAGUAAAAACUGAAGAUGGAAUAAGGUUAGUACCCGAGCUGUAUGCAGUUUUACCAGGAAAUGUUGCAGCUGAGUACCUUGAGCCUGGAAGUCAAGCAAGAGAAGCGUUGGGAAGGAGCCCAUUUAUGUGGGCCCAAUCAUUGUAUAUUUUAGGAAAAUUGCUCCAGGAGGGAUUCUUGGCUGUGGGAGAAUUAGAUCCUCUGAAUCGACGUCUGUGCAGCGAAAAAAAACCAGACGUUGUCGUACAAGUUGUCAUCCUUGCUGAGGAUGACGAGAUCAGGGAAAAAAUAGCACAACACGACAUUCAUGUACAAACCAUUGCAGAGGUUGCACCUAUUGAAGUACAACCUGCUAAAGUUCUUAGUCAUUUAUACACAUAUUUAGGUCGAAACAAAAAGUUAGGACUGUCCGGUCGUAAAUCCAGAGACGUAGGAAUACUCAGUACGAGUAAACUGUACUCUUUACACGAUAAGAUCUUCGCCUUCACUCCUCAGAACCUUGACGUCGAGGACUACUAUACGUCAAACGAUGCGGCCUUCCUUGCUGAUACAUUCACGACCAAUCUGGCAUUCCUCACCAUCAACUGGAAACAUAUGCUUGGCAGACCGACCGUAACACUUGUUGCCACUAAUAGUUACUUAGAUCAAGGAAAGAUACCGCUGGCGAUGAUAACUACUAUGAAGAAACUGAAGAGUGGUUACAUCAAUGGAACUCGCGUGUCAUUAGGAAACCUGAACGAUUUUCUGAGUACAUCCUGUAUCACCAACUUGAGUUUUUUGGGAAGCCCCGAAGAAGGUCGACCGGAUAGAUUAAAUCCUCAGGUGCAACAAUACUUGGACGAGCACUUGAUGAAAGCUUUCCCACUGCGAACCAGUCUACUCAAUCGACCCGCAACUCACAGCGGACGCAAUGUCAGGCGCAGGAUGUCUGUGAAGGGAGCGAUCAAGAAAACUAGAUCAAUCGCGGUCGAACCUGCGGAAAUUCCCAUUGUACUUCAAGAACCUGAGAUUUUGGGUAUGGCUGGAGAGGAUCGACGACCUUCUGCAGUACUUUCGGCGAAUCCGUUCAUCAAAGUCACCGAUACGACUUUAACUCCGACUUCCACAAUUACAUCGUCUUUAGAUCGAACCCCGUCACCAACAGACGACCUGCUAAACUGGAAAGCUCACUCACCUAAGCCGUCAAGACACAGAAUGAAUUCGGAAACCCAGUACGCCGAUACCGAAGUCGACGAAUUGAUGGCCAUGCUUAGGGAAACUGAAAGUUUGGAAGAGCAGGGAGAUAUUUUACAAUACUUGGUUGACACGCAAGGCCACUACUUCAACACAGGUAUGAUAGAGAAUGGUCACCCGAUUUUGCUGAAAGACCUUCUCAAGGGUCUCUACGAAAAAGCCUGUCAGCAAAAGAUGUGGGGCAUCGUCCGUCAUACCGCUGGUAUGCUGGGCAAACGCGUCGAAGACUUAGCCAAAGCUGUUACCGACCUUCUAGUACGUCAGAAGCAAGUAACUGUGGGUAUGCCACCGACUAACGAACACACGAUAGUGGCCCCGCUGCCGGAAAACGAGUUGCGCACGUUGAUACAUCAAGCCUACGGCGACGACGAGUCCACGGCAAUGUUGACUCAGGAACUGCUUGUUUACCUGGCUAUGUUUAUCAGGACCGAACCUCAGUUGUUCCACGAAAUGUUGAGACUGAGGGUGGGUCUGAUCAUUCAAGUCAUGGCCACGGAACUCUCGAGAACGUUGAUUUGUACCGGGGAGGAGGCUUCGGAGCAUUUGCUCAAUCUGUCGCCGUUCGAAAUGAAGAAUUUGUUACAUCAUAUUAUGAGCGGAAAAGAGUUUGCCAUUAGCAGCGUCGGGCGUGGAAACUUCUCAGUCAUCAGUUGUAAAUCCAGUCGAGUCAGUAAGAAAUCGCAAAUUGGAGGUUUUUUGAGUGCCAAUGACGAAAACGCAGACAUGGAGCCUGAUAGACAAGGGCAGUGGCUAAGGAGGAGACGAUUGGACGGAGCGCUCAAUCGCGUGCCGAGAGACUUUUAUCCCCGCGUUUGGCAUGUUCUUGAAAGAUGCCAAGGAUUAGCGAUUGAAGGGCGAAUACUCGCACAAAAUCUCACUCAGGAGAUGACUCCUGGAGAACUCAAAUUUGCACUAGCUGUUGAGACUGUUUUAAAUACUAUACCGCAACCGGAGUAUCGUCAGCUUAUUGUCGAGGCACUGAUGGUUCUGACGCUUGUUACUGAAUAUAACGUAGCCAACUCCUUGGGUGGUUUAAUAGCAGUUGAACAUUUAGUACAUAAAGCAAACGCCAUAUUUUUGGAGGAUCAAAUGAAAAUUGACGGAGAUGCUACACUUUGCUGUGCAAAGCCAAAGGAGCAGAGAGAAACUACAGCGAUGGGUACAUUGCUCUGUGGAGGUGCUGCCUAUGUCUGUCAGCACUUUUACGACUCUGCACCAAGUGGCAGCUUUGGAACUAUGACCUAUAUAACAAGAGCCGUCGCUAGUCUGUUGAAUUGUUUACCUAAAGACGGUGAUUUAGAAUGUUCGAUAUCUUAAGAGUACUGACGAUUUGUAGUAAAGUUUGAUUGUUUUACUUUUCAUUGUUUUUGAAGUUUAGGUUUGUUAGUUUUACUAUUAAAAGAACUCGAUUGUUUUCCAAGCAUACUACUGCCUUAUUGCGGUAAUACCUCGAGUUUUCAAACAACAAAAACUGUAUACAUAAUAUUGUAUAAAACGUUCAUACAUUUAUAUAUUGUUAAUAUAUGAAUAAAUUAAAUGAAUACACACUCCCGAGUGUAUGAUAAUCAGA